AUGUUACUGCAGAAGAUUUAUGCCUUUUUGUCAUUCACUAAUUUCAGACUGACAAUGGCCAGUGCUAUACCAGAAGAAGUUACUGAACGCUUGACUUGUGCUGUUUGCAUGGAACAGUUUAAGGAACCAAAGGUUCUGCCAUGUUUGCACACUUACUGUAAAGCAUGCCUGGAAAAGCUGGUGAAGAAACAAGGAUCUGAUCACAUUAUAACUUGUCCUGAGUGCAGGCAGGAUUCGAAAGUGAGUUAACUGCUGCAGGGAGUAUUGCACAAACCUGUUUGGAACCUGCUGGGUAAUUUGCAGCUUAGCAGAUACUAAAACCCCCUUUUACACGCGCUAAAAAAUCGGCACGGCACGCCAAACUUUUGGCACCGUGCUGACGAUUUUAAGGCACAGCACUCCCAAUUUGCGAUGUGUAAACGUAUCGGUCCCAAAUGUGAUGUGGCAUCAGUGCUCAAAAUUUUAGACUACCGCUGGAAGGUAGUCUCGGCAUGGGUAAACUAGGCACAGUGCCAAAAAUUGGACGUGCCGUACUGAUUUUUUAGCACGUGUAAACACGGUUUAAAAUGAAUAGGCUUUUUUGGUCAAUUUUUUUAUUUCAGCUGGUUGUGUCCCAUUCUCUCUAGCUUGGAAAGAUUGGGACUACACUCAGUAAUGAUGAUGACGAUGAUGAUAAUGAUAAUCAAGUUAACCCCAGAUCAGGCCCAAUUUUAGCAGUUCUGAUACAUUCUCUCUUACAUAGACGCCUUGCGGCCUGCCAGGAUGAUGUUUACAAGGAGAAACGAAAAUAGAGCCUGAUCUCAGGUUAUAUUUAUUGAUGUAAAUCAGAAGCAUACUUAUAAUCCACCAGAAGCAUAUAACUCUAUUCCAAUGCUGGGGUUUUAUAAGGAACCAAUCAAAAUUUACUUCCUAAUAAUUAUGGAAUUAUCUUUCAUAUCUGAGUUGCAAAUAAAAAGCUUACGUGUGACAUACAAGACCUUCGUGCUUGGAGCUGUGAAGGGUAAUGAUGAGGCUUGUAUUGUGCAGUCAAAUUCGACAAAAGCUAAAAAUUUAUUAUAUUUCAAAAAAACCGCUCAGUUUUAGUUAUUCCUUCUUCAGGGAGAUAGUAAGGAAGCUAUGUUCUUUACCGGCCAAAACAGUUUGGCAAUCCAAAAGGAGAUUAGGACAACCACUUACUCCACGUCAAGAUACAGGGGCACCCAACGAGAAUAUAGUUCAAAACCACUUAGACAUAGCAUUGUUAAACGUAUUUUAGUAUUUAAACGGUAGAUAUAGGCAUAUUUUUAUCUCCUAAAAAUUUUUCAUCUGUUCGGAUUUCCUAGCUGAAAGUCUAGUGAUCCGAAAAUUAUAGGGAUCAUAACUAACCUUUUCGAAAAUUUCAGCCAGAAAAAAGGCUCCCGAAAAUUCUAGGUGACCUUUUUAGGGUAAAAAUCCGUUAAAAAUGAGCACUUAUACCAUUUUUUAGAUGUUCGAAAAUCCUAGGAGAGGCAGGUAAGUAAGAAAUUUUACAACAAAUGUUCUGAAAAUUCUAGAUCUAAAAUCGUUUUCCGAACAGAUAUUUUCCGAAAAUUGACGUUGGGUGCCCCCUGAAGAUAGUAAGCAAAUAGUUGUUGCAAGAAAUAGCGGAGCUAGUUGUACUGCUACAGCUUGUGCUGAAGACAAUAAAGUGCCAUAUCCUUUCCCGAUAACCAGAAAAGCAGAUUGGGCUAUUCCAAAAAAUCCACACCCCCAUGACAGAAGGCAUGCUGGGAAAUCUCACGGAAGGUGGGGGUUAACGGCUGUGAAAAUCCAGAUGGGAGGGGGGCUCUGAACCUAAAAAUACAUCCUCAGGGGUUACUUUCGAUUUCAUUCGUGUUUCAACAGCUACAAUCGGCGACAAAAUGAGUUGAGACCCUUCGCCCAAAACUGGGCUUUUUUACGUUUUAUUAACUUCAAAAGGAGGAAAUAUAGUUUUCUUCCCCUAUCCCCUCCGUGCAAUGUUGUGCCCUUGUUCUAGCUGCCUAUAGAAAACAACAAACACCCCAACUUUGAAUAGAGGGGACAGGGGAGGGGUGCGGAUUCCUUUGUUCUCCGAAACUACCCUAUUUAAGUACAAUGUCUCAACAAUUUUGUCGCCGAUUGUCUGAAUCUCAAAAGUGGCCGUACGUCCUUUAGAAAGGUAAUUGAAUUCAUUUCUUUAUGCUGGGAUGUAAGACCCUGGUGGCUUUUUAUUUGCUGUGUUGGACUUCAUCAUACCUAUUUUAGAACAAUUAGGAUAAGGCGAUUUCGUUUUUUUCAGUGCGUGACAUUUCGUGUCACGCUUAACCGUGCCUUGACAUCGUGCAAUGAGGCGCGUCGCUCACCAUUUCUUAUUCUCUCCUUUAUCGAAACGCAUCGAAACAAAGAACAAAGUGAAAAGGAUAGGAAACUUAAUAGAUUUCUAGGCAUUAAAGUGGUUAUAAUGGCUAAAAUUGCUCUUUAGGAGGAAUUUCCACGAGUAACCACGAGUAACCACGAUGAGUAUAAAAGAAAAUAAAUCUAAUUAUCUUUUAAGAACAAAGUUGGUUACUCGUGGUUACUCGUGGCCAGUCCCCUUCUGACCUCAUAGUUUCUACUGUAAAGUACAUUCUUCAAAGACCCGUAUGGGUAUAUGGACAACGAAUCUGCUGCACAGAUUUAGCGAUGCUAUGCAGCUUUGCUGUGCGUUAGAAGUUGGAACAUUUUUCUUGAAAAUUCUCCUGCGCAUAGCAAUCAUGGCUAUUUUAUCGUCCAUCCCACCCUUGUCAAAUAGCCAAAUUUCGAAUAAACACUUCGAACUUACUAGGGAUAUAUUCAGAUACAAUAUAUGACCUGCCAUCGAUUCCUACCGAUCACACUUAGUUACCAGAGAAAAAUCAAUCAUUCCGUACGUGGGUAUGCUGCGUAAUGACUUGAAAACACUACCGAGUACAAAGAUUGUCAAAACUAAUUUUCCCUCGAAAAACACAGGAAAGGGAUUAUAUGGGUAUCUUAUCUAUCUUCUGAAACACGACCCGGUGUAUAUAGUAAUCUCAACUAGUUACCAUCUCCUAACCGGUGCUAAUAAGACAACAGCGCGUAGAUUUCGAUUCAGACAUGUAGCUGCUUCAGUGGGUAAGUUUUCAAAAAAAUGCUUUACAUUUUCAAAUUCUACUAUUCUUUCAAACUACAGACCUCUUACCACAUUUAUUUUAAGUUUCCAUCCAUGGGCUCGCCUUCGUGAGCUUCGUUACUGUGCGAUAACCCAGUCUGCAGGAUAUGGCAGAACUCGACGAGAUCUUGUGUAUGCAGAUUUAACCACGUGCACCACGUGCAAUAUGAUUUGUUGUACCAGAACAGUGGCGGAUCCAGGAGAGGGGCCCGCGCCCCCUUAAUUUUAGACCAAACUGAGGCUCGAAGGGCCAAAAAAAUUUUUUUUUGGAGACCAGCCUUUCCCCAACCCCCCCUCCCCCCGUUAUCUCAAGGUCUGGAUCCAGCAAUGCAGAAUACGGGUACGGUGUAUGCCCAUAGAGAGGCUAAGUGUUAGAAGGAUGCGAGGUUUAGGUGCAUUUCCAGUUGUCUUAGUUGGCCUAAUUUCAAAUUUUCUCGGGGGAGCAUGCCCCGCGGACCUCCCUAGUGUGUUAAUAUUUCACCGUUCAGUUCUCCCAAAAGAAGGGCUACGAACAAGAUUACAAACAACUACCAGUCCAUUGAUUUGUGUAUAACCUCAUGCACCAUACUGAUGAGAAUGCAAAAAUUUAAGCAAGGGAUGUGGAAAUGAUGUGGGAAAACUGAGAGGUUAGGAUAGAUUUGGCAAAAAUAUUGUGGCUACGCCCCUGUACUGGGUCAGGUGCAAAUCUCUUGGGUGCAACCCUGCGGCCUGCAAUGCCACAAUUGUGGUGUGCGCUAUAAUCUUUUUUAAAAAAAGGCUCAUGUGCACUUGCCAUACUCUGCAUACUGGGUCAGUGGUAUAGCGCGUCAUGUAAUAUCCCACCAAGUGUCCAUUUUCUUAGUUCCAUAGUCAUUUUUUCUUUACAAAGUUCAGAACCUUUUAUUCAAAUACAUAGCUAUAGUUUUGAGCUGUAAUGUUGUAUACAUUGCCGUAUAUUUUGCCUGGUCUAGAAAAAAAGAGAAGUUCACUCAAAUGUGGGCUUAUUUGCAAAAUGUGAAGCCUCUUCAAGAAGGUAUGAAAAUAUAAUUAAUUUUCACAACAAACACAGAAUUCGGUCAGAAUUGAAAUUUUUAUUUAAUAAACCGAUCAGCUAAGUGCCUUAAAGAAUCUUCUACAUUGAGUGUAAUAAUUUUAUGGAAUUCCAGAUGGGUGGGGGUCUUUGAAAUUGGAAAUCCUGAAGGGAGGGGGGGUGCUCGAGCAGUUUUGGAAAUCCAGGUGGAAGGGAGGGGGGUCCAAAAAUAUGCCUUUCAUCGGGGGGUGGAUUUUUUUGGAAUAACCCAUUCAACAUUUUUCUCUUUCACUUACGUUACAAAAGAAAUGGUGAACAGCUCAAUGUGUCAUAUUGGGUAACAGCGGCACUUGGAACAUUGAAUUUCAUACUGGUUUGUUAUACACCUAUUUCAAUUAAGGUUGCUCCUGUGAACCAUGUUUCAUAGCCUGCAGUGCACUAUGGUAAACCCUUUUGUGGCGGGAAGUUUAAUCGUGUUCACGUUCAUUGAAAUAAUGGAGACCAUUUGUGAAAAGGUGUUGAAGAGAGCUUUCAAGUCACAUGGCUGCUAAAAUUCUUAAGCAUGAGCGAGCUGAAAAAUUUCAUUUUUAAAAUCUCAUAGUAAAAAAUUAGAAGCCUCUUCUUUUAACAACAUUAAAUGAAUAGGGUUUUACCACCUGAUUAAGCUGCAUUUUUGCAUGGGCCAGAAUGCUGGUUAUUUCAAUAAAGCAAAUCAACGCUAUUAUUUUUUUUUAUUCAGUUUUAAAAAAAUUGCCUCGAAAAUAGAUAAACACGUAAUGUUAAGUUAUUGAUUGUUGUUCAACAAACGCCUUGAAUUUGUUUUUUUUUUUAACUCCAUCCAAAAUUCCCACGUGCAUGAGCCAAGCAAACUCGUUGAAAAUUUGCAGCAUUUGCAUAUUACCACAGAGAAAAACCUAACCUCAAAUCACUGCCUAAAUUAAAAAGCCUGGGAUUCAGUGUUUUGAAAUACAUUGUCUUAAUGUUCUGCUGACUAUAGCAUAGAAGCGUUACCAGCGUUUGCUUUCUACGUUUCAAGGCUCGUUGCGGACACAUAAUAAAGACUUGCUACAAUAAAUGCACCGCGGGCUAUGAACCAUGGAUCAUGCAUCACUCUUCUCAGAAGCAACCUUAAUUGAAAUAGGUGUAUAUAAUAAUUAGCAGUCAUGAAGCAAUCACUUAAGCACAAUGCCUUCAAUCGUCUGAUUCCAUAUUUGGGUGAAAAAGAAAUCCAUGCCUCUCGAUCUGACUGGACGGCUAAAAGACCUCAGCAUAGUUCUAAACAGAUCGGUGGAAGUUAGGCGCUUUGGGGUUAUAUGCUCUUGUGUGCAGUGAUAGCAAUAAAACAAAAGAACUUCAAUUGGAUACACCUGACGUUGUUUGACUAAACUAAAAUUUUGCGGGGAAAAAGGGCCGGUAAACAGCCAUAUUUAUAUAAUAUAUUAUAAUGAUUAUUAUUUGGAAGUUCCAUUAAAGGUUUUGCUGAGUACUGUUCUAACCCAGCGUGUUUUAAUUCAUAGGUUCCUGAUGGAGAUGCAAGCAAGCUGCAACCAAAUUUCUGGGUGAACAACUUCAUGACCUUAUUAAGCAUGCAAGAUAGUGCGUCAGCCACAGGGAGUCCAAUGAACUGUGAACACUGUGACAGUGGCGACUCCGCAGUUUCACGUUGCUCUGACUGCAGUGUUUUCAUGUGUGAGUUUUGUGUUACAGCGCAUAAGAGAAUCAAUGCCACCAAGAGUCAUCAGAUUUUAUCUCUGAUAGAAGUGAAGAAACUUGGUUCAAAGGCCCUUGUCAAGCCAUCGUUUUGUUCCAAACAUAAAGGUGAGACACUGAAAUUAUUCUGUAGCACCUGCCAGAAAACAAUCUGUCGUGAUUGUACCAUUGUUGAUCACCGUGAACACAAGUACGAUUUUGUGACAGAUGUUGCCGAAAAAGAAAAAGAAAUCAUUCAAGGUUUUCUUGCCAAAGCCAAAGUCAAAGAGCAUGCAGUUGUUGAUGGUAUUAAAGCAGUCCAGACCAUGAAAAACGGUGUCCAGAAAAGAGUCUUUGAAGUAAACAAAGAAGUUGAUGCUUUUUAUGAUGAGCAGGUGAGAGCACUGAAUUACUACCGUGCAAAUAUUAAGCAUGAAGUUUCCACCGAGGGUCAAAUAAGAGUCAGCAAGCUAGAGAACCAAGCAGAUGUGCUUUCCUCUUUUUUGGCUCAGUUGAGAAGUGGCAUCAGCUUUACUGAUCAGGCCUUACAAGAUGGAGAUGAUGUUAAGCUUUUGGCCAUGAAAAAGCAACUGGUCCAGCAGCUCGACCAGCUGAAUUCAUCAAAGACCACUUGUAAACCCUGCAAGGAUGACUAUCUAGAGCUACAAGUGCACCAAACCAUUUUGGACAUGGGGGAAAUAGUAAGUGUGUGUUGUGUUCCUUUUGAUCCCCAGAAAUGCACUGUCAGCAUGGUGGGGGGAGAGGAAGGCGUGAUGUACCAUACCUUGGCUGGACAAGAAGUUGGUUUGUUGCUACUUGUCAAAGACGGAAAAGGUCAGAAAAAACCUAAAGGAGGCCAUCAAGUGGAAGCCGUAAUAUCCUUCUCUAUUGAGCCAGAUCUUACAGGUGCAAAUUCCCCAGUUCCCGUACGUGAUAAUGGAGAUGGGUCUUACAGUUUCCUAUAUCAUCCCGUGGAAGAAGGACAAGUGACUUUGUCAGUCAAAGUUCAAGGGCAAAAGGUUUUUGGAAGUCCCUUUAAAUGGAAUGUAACUUCAAAGCUUCCAGAUGGAUUCAGUUCACCGCAAGCAAAGAGUGCCAAACGCAGAAAGGGGAAAAAGGGAUCACUGUAUGAUCCCGUAACCCAGCUUCCAGCUCUAAAGGAAGGCAUGCACUGCUGGAAAGUCAAGUUAACAUGUUUUAGUGACGAGAGCAAAUGUGAGCUAGAAAUAGGGAUCACUUCUUACCCACGUUUUUUAGGCGAAAAACGAACAAAAUGGGCCUGGCAACACAGUUCACGCAAGCAACCAAAGACCAGUCGAUCAGAUGGUCAAAUUCCCUCAAUCACUUCUGUUGAAGAUAAUGAUGUGUUCAUUGUAUUCCUUAAUCUGGAGUCAAAGAAACUUACAAUCUACAAUGUUCGAAGCAAACAAACUGAAAUCUUUGCAGGGAUUGAAGGGGAUAAUCUCUCUCCUAUUAUUAGGUGUGACAUGUGGCAGCUUGGGUAUGGA